AAAACAAAGAGAGCCAUAUUCGAAGUAAAUUGCCUUUUAAAUGGCGGAUAUGUGUACAAUAACCAAAUUAUACAAAUGAUAUAUAGUAAUUUAUGCAUAUAAAUGUUUCAUUUAUCGUAAGAAAUGAAACAUAUCAGUGCUGUAGAUAAUGUAGCUAAUCUACGAGCGCUAGUUCGGCAUGAAUUACGUGAGAUCAGCAUUAAAGUGCCGAAACCUAAAAAAUCAAAACGUGCAACAAACAAAAUAAAUCAGGAUGUCACUAAUGAGCAGAUAUUUGGCAACCACCUGUCUGGAGUGCACUGUGUACAUGUCCCAGAAUGCGGAUAUGUGGCAAAGUUUCUUGUUGAAGCAGCCGAAAUUAUUAUUGACAACAUUGAUAGCGAAGGGGUGUUCAGAAAGUCUGGAGCUGUAAGUCGACAGAAAGAAAUCAAGACUCAGCUUGAGAGUGGGAAAGGCUUUGUUGGUGCCAACGUGUACGACGUGACGGCUCUGGUAAAGCAGUUCUUCCGCGAACUCCCUGAGCCCCUAUUCACCAGCGUGUAUCAUGACACGUUUAUACGAUGCUACCAGCUUGGAGACUUGAACCUGGCAACGAAGGCUGUGCUUAUGCUGUGUCUGCUACUGCCUGAUGAGCACGCCAGCACGCUGCGCUACAUCAUGAAGCUCCUGUCACGCAUCUCCGAGCACUCGGAGAAAAACAAGAUGGACUCUGCUAACCUGGCUGUCGUCCUUGCGCCAAAUCUAAUGCACAUGAACAGCAAGAGUGAAACCAUGAAGUCUGGUGAGGAGAAACUCCUGCAGGUGCAGACAGCGAUAGUGGAGCUGCUGAUCAAGCAUGCAGACGCUGUGUGCAUGGUGGACGAGGAGCUUGCAGAGAGGACUGUGUUCAUGUCGGAGGUGUUCAGUACUGACGAUGAGCUGGACGCCAGUGAGGACAACCUGGAUGACACAAAGGAGAACAGGAAGAAGGACAAGAAGAGGAAACGCAGCGGAUCUUUUCAAGGGAUUGUCAGCAGCAUAGCCCAGAGCAUCAGCAAGUGGCGACGCAGCACGGACGGUAAGACGAACACAAGCGGAGUGAGCAAUGGCAGCAACGUGAGUCAGUCAGGCCGCAAGCCGAGAAACGGUGAGGGAGAGGCUUACAACAACCAAGUGUUCCAGUUUGCACCCACUGACGCUACUCCUAUCAUGAAGCGCAACAAACACCAGUCUGCAGCGGGUUCAAGGGCGUUUUCUGCAUCAAAAAAGAAAGCAAUCCUUAAUCAGCUGCCCCAACAUGCAACCCUGGCCAGCACACCAUUUACUCCUGUCUCUAGCAAAAAACCACACCCAGGCAUGCAUCGCGCAGGCCAUGACAUGCCCAGUAUCCCUCCCAGACCAUACCAGACACCCCGGCAGAACUCAAAGUCACGCAAGAAGAUCACACUGUUCAGCCCUGCAAGUACAACCAAAAAGAAAAGGUACUCAUCUACCAGUAACCUCUCCAUGUCUUCCAACCUAAACAAAGCCGGCAAGUCCAAGAGCAUCUUCAGACGUCUCAGUGGCAGCAAGGGUGAUCAGGCCUUCGCCGGUGACGUUCAGAUCGGUCAGCGUCUAGCUGUGAGCCCGGUCUCCACUCAGAGUGCCCCAGUCAUCAUCACCUCUCGCAACACGACAACCUCCCCUAUAGCGGCCAUAGCACAUAACUCCUCCGUCUGCGAACAAUCCACCAUCUCGACUUGCAGCUAUGAAGACCGGAAUUCUCUCAAUGAGGGUUUCAUUCACACGGAAGAAAGGGAAGGCGAUAUUACCCGCAUCAUGUCAGAGCCAGCAAUCAACAGUUCCCGGGGGGACCAAAGGGAGUAUGUGAAUGUAGGGGACAUGCUAGCCAGGGAGAGUUUCUCCGAUUCCAUGCUAGGGGACAGUAGAAUGGAGACUCCACAGAACCACAGCCGCUCCCAGUCAUGUGACAGCAUCCUGGACGGAAGUACGAGAAGGUCCAGUUUGAGAAGGGGCCAGCCGAACUCUCUGAAAGCCGGUUUGCUGCAUGGCGAUCAGAAGGAGGUGCACAAGCUGAGGCGCAGUUUUGGCUUGGACAAGUCCGACAUUGGCUACCCCAUGCCAAUUAGUGUGGCUGAUGUCUCUCAUGAUGGCGACCAGUCCAUGCAGUUGGACUGCAGUGUGGAUCUGCUGAUGACAGACAAGAAUCCUGCCAACAUGACCAUUGUGGACAUGUCUGUAUUCAAGGACGUCAUGGAAGAUUCACCGGGGUCAGUCUCCCGCACCAAUUCUUCACUGAGUCUGACGUCAGCAAAAUCAGAACGAGCAGAUGAAGAAAAUGGUUACGAGUGUGACAACGAAUCCGAAGUUGGCUCAGUCGUGAGUAAAGCGUUGAAGAAAAAGCAUAUCCCCCUGAUGACUAUCGAGCCAAUGACUGUUAACAUGAAGACUGAUUGGACCAGUCAGGGUAGCAAGGAGGAUGGUCAGAAGUCCCUGGUGCACCAGAAACAGGAGAGUAAGGAUAGCCUACUGAGUGAGGCCUCCUCCGCCAUGUCACCCCUGGAGACCUUCAAGAGUCGUGAGAUGACACGGACAUUGUCGGCCGACAGUGGCAAGGGCUCAAUAUGCGAGGAGCCCCAGGAUAACGUUGACUCUACCCUCGAUUCUGUCUCAAGCUUGGUCUUAAACCAUGGUGUCAGCCCCAAGACAACUGUUGCCAUGGAAACCUUGUGCAGUCAUAGUAACAACCAUAAGACAAUUGUUGCUGUUGAUACUUGCAGUGUUAAAGAAUCUUUAGAGUAUGAGGAAGUUUCUACUGUACAAGGUUCGAGUUCUUCUCCUAUGGAUGUUAAUGAUGAUACUGAUGCUUUUUCCUGUGAGUCACCUUCGUUGAAAUCAAACCUUGCCCAGAAAUCGGUAUCCACUCAAGACUUGCAGCGCGAGACAGAUACUCUGCAGAGUCGGGUGUCUCGCUCCAAAAGUCUGUUGGAAACCAGUGUUACGCAGAAGAAAACUAACAUUAAACCGAACUUGCAGAUAUCAGCAGAAACACACAAGCUUCUAGCUCGUGCUGGCUACAUAAAGGAGCAGAAAACUGAGAUGCCAAAGACUGACUUUGAUUUCACAGUUCCUAACACAUUUCCCAUUAUUAAGCAAGCUGACUUUGAUUUCACAGUUCCUAACACAUUUCCCUUUAUAAAACAAGCUGAAAUGCUGAAUCCGCGCCGGGAAAGUAUAAUUGCUUUGCAGAAAAAUAAUGCUGGCCGUGUUAAGAAUAAUGUCCUUCAGUUUGACAAAAUCUCUGAAGAGCAGAAAGAGCUUGAAGUCAGGCACGCCUCUCCUUUAAGAUUCCCCAAUUCGACGUCUAGAAAACUGAGAACCCCAACGCUUUUUAACAGAAGUGCAAUCGCUUCAAACAAGGACAUCGAUGCAAUAAGGCAGUGCUUGAGCACUCCAAAAGAGAAGCUUCAAUUUGGCACGGCAAAAGUACCGAUUUCUACACAACUCAUCAAGCCUUCAGAUCCAGAUUAUACAUCAACAGAUGGGAAGUCUGGGACUGGUCUGAAAAGAAAACCCAGCAUUUACAAGGCUGAUCAUGAUGCCUCUAUUAGAAGACAACGAGAUAACAGCAAUACAGUUGACACAAUGGACUGUUCUCAUCUAGAUGAUCAUUCAUUUGACAUGUCAGAAUCAGUCUUCAGAAAUCAUCAGUCUUUUGAUAUGUCAGACUCUGUCCUAAGAAAUCAUCCGUCGUUUGACAUGUCAGAAUCUCUGUUUGGAAAAACAGGCCUUGAUCAAUCACUGCUUGAGACCAUCGCCAACGUUUGUUCUCCACUUAGUGAAAAAGUAAAAAUGAAACUUAACGAGGACAAAAUUGGAAAAGGUGAUAAAGAGAACAGCGCACAUGCUGCAGAAAUGCCCGAUUUAAAGCCAUCAAUAUUGGGAACACCGAUUUCCAUGGACAUGGUAAGAUUCAGGACAGCUUCAAAUAAAACGCCGUUAGAAAUCAUGAAGGUGGCCAGAUCUCCUAGGUCGCCAAUUAAGCCACUAAAACGACUCGGAUCAUCACCACAUUCGCCUCGCUCCAGAGUUCAUUCGCCAAAUCUUAUAAAAAACAGCAAUAGAUCUAGGCUUUCUACAAUCCCCAAUCAAAGUGACGAUUUGAACAAUUUGUAAAUUUUGAUGCUCAAUCUGGCUUGUAUUUGCUUUAUUUUGUGUGCAUGUCAAUUUUUAAAUUGUUGUAGAUUUUGUUUUAAACAAAGUCUCCAUUGUGCAAUAUACCUGACCAUAUAGUGGUGUAUUUUAUGCAGAAUGAAGUUUCUUUCAUAUAGAUUGCAAUUUACCCUUACAGCAAUUAAGUUUAUUGUUAUUUGAAUCACCUAAAAUGCUUAAUUUUUUUUCAAAUAUACAGUUUCCAAAACGUUCGUAUUUCUGUAAGGGUUUUGAUGAAAUUGUGCACAUGAAUAUAAUAUGAAUGACUGAUUUAAACAGUGUCAUGCACAAUUUGUAGAUUAAACAGGGUCAUGCAAAAUUUGCAGAAGGCGAAAUUUAAGUCUUUUCCAUCAAUAAUUUAUUACAAUACUGCAGUUAAUGUGUUUUUAAAUUAGCAGUGUAUGGGAAUAUGGGUCUUUUGCCAUUUGAGGCCAGCUUAGCUCCACAUCAGCUUGCUCAGUCUGGUCAGGAGCUUACUGGCUGAUUUUACCCUUUUCCAAUCAGAGGCAAACUGAAAAUGGCUAUGUGCAAACAGCAUAAAACUAGAACAGUUUGCGAGUAACUUGCAUACAGCCUGUAAGUAACUCGCAGUCUGUUCAGGUUUUAUGCUUUUUGCUGCUCAUCAGUAUCUUAGGGUAGGAAAUGAAGCCUUUAAAACUGGAAUCUAGUAAGAAAAGUCUUAAAUUAAAUUUUCUAAGGGACUACAAAUGCGUAAAAAUACGUAUUUUAGUGGUGAAGAGUUAAAGUCACUCAAGGUGUCAUUUGGGGAUGAGGUAGCAUCAGACCAAACUUACCAGAUAAGCUGGCUGGUCUGGGGCUAUGCUGGCUGCAUAUGCAUGGCAAAUGGUGGAUAAAGAAUCUUGUGAUAUGUUUGAAUAUGCUUAGUGUUAUUAGCCAGUUUUUACUUUAAAGCUACUUAGGUAUAUAACAUGUUAUUUAAUUUUGUAUAUUUCUUGAUUUGUAUUACCCUUUUACCAUUUUGUUAAAGUGAUUUUUUCCUCUGUACAAACACAAUGUGUAAAACAAUCAUGUGGCAUUUAUGGUAAAAAGUUUAUUUGUAUCAUAUGUAUACAAUAUUUUGUAUCAUUAUGGAAAGUGCAGUAAUAAUAUUUUCUGUGUGUUUAUUUAACAGUUGUAUAUAUUUGUUAAAUUAACUGCUAUUAUUUUUAGCCAUUUACUGAAAACUGCCCAUAAGUUGUUUUUUUAAUAACAUUAUGCAAUAUUUCAUUAAUUGCCAUUGUCACAAUUCAAUGCUUAAGGUUAAAAAUGUGUCUACAUUUGAAGUGACUGGAAGGAUUUUACAAAAUACUUUGCAUUUCAUUCCAUUACCAGAUAAUGUGCACUUACAAUGUCCUUCAAUCAGAGGUUAAGGUCAUCAUUCAUGCUCCAAGGUCAUGAUUAUUCCAAUCCACUAUCCACCUUUAUUGUUUGUAGUGUGUGUAUAACAUACAAUUCUCGCAUGCCUGUAUUAAAUGUGGACAGUUUUAUGUGUGUUGUGUACUUUGAAAAACAACUAACUUAUUGUGUGUAAUUGUACAUCUUUUAUACUAUAGUAUUAGUAAACGCUCAUAAAGUGAAUUUCUCUUGUCUUUAAAAAUCUUUGUCAAGGAUUCUAUUUAUUUUUGUUUAACCACUGAAGUGUCAGAGCUUAAUAUAUAUUGCAGUU